GAAAAGGAAUACAAUUCAAAAACUAAAAAACACACACAAAAGAAAAAAAAAGGAAUAAAGAAGAAGAAGGGAAGAAGGCCUUGGAGCUAACAACUCCAAUCCUCUCUAUCUCUCUAUAUCUCUUCACUGUAUGCUUGGACCUUGUCAAUAUCAAAAUCAAAUUCAGAUCUCUUCAUUUCUCUCCUAUACCUCAGAUCUGAAAAUUUUCGUUUCCUUUUUCCGAUUUUGCCCUCCAAAAUUCCGGCCGAAAUGAACGACUUCGAGGGCCUAUUAGCCUCCGAUUUCGGCUUCAAACCCCAAGGCAAAUCGGCUCCGAUGGCCGGUUCCAAAUCCACCUCCACCAUCGGAGGAUCGUCAACGCGUCCUCGCUCCUCCUCCAAUUCCUUCGAAGAUCGCGAUUCUCUCUUCACGGCCAACCCGCAGCAGAAAUCCCAAGAUUUCGGUUCCGGAUUCGGCGAUCUCUUCGGCUCCGCUCGCUACGCCCCCAAAUCGGACGCCACCACCACCACCACGACUUCUUCCUCCUUCAAUUUCGAUAUGUUUCGCGAUUCCGGUGCUCCGGUGAAGUCUUCGUCUUCAUCGUCGGCGCCUCCUCCACCUGUCUACGACAAGCCGGUUUACGAUGAUGACAUUUUUGACGGAGUCCCCGGGCUCAAGAGCUCGUCGGCAAACGCGAAGUACGAAGACGUUUUCACAUCGGUUGCAGCUUCAUCGCCGCCGAAACGGAGCGGUAGCGGGAUUGGGAGCGGGAGCGAUGCGUUUGACGAUCUUCUAGGGGGAUUCGGGAAGGUGGAGCGUGAGUCAAAGGGUUCGGGCGUAAAUGUAAAGCGAUCGCAGAGGGAGGAGAAGAAGAGUGUGCCGGAUUUCGAUGAUUUGCUACCUGGCUUCGGUGGUUCUAGGGUUCCUAGUGAAAGGCCAACUUCAGAGACCAGCUGGUCCUCAGAACCAACUGUCAAUGCAGCUAGAUCUCCCUCCAGCGACGUGGAAGACCCCUUUAAAAUAUUAGAAUCAACUUCACAUCCUGUUGUUUCAUCUCCUGAGCACUUUGUUGAUCCAUUAGAAGAAAUUAGUAAGCUCAAUAAUUCACGAAGCACAAAAAGUGAGGAUUUUUCUGCUGCUAAUGGAGGAGCAAAUGAUGAUGCUGACCCCUUUGAAGGCCUUGGGAAAUCUGUACCAGCAUUUUCAGCAGAGAGGAGUAACAGGGGGAAGGACAAGAGUCCUUCAAGGACAGAUACGAAUGCAAGUUGGAACAGAACUUCCACUAGUAAAGAAUCAAUUCAAAGAACGUCUGUGAGAAGUCCUGAAAGUCACUCACAGAGGAAAACACCUGUUCAAAGUGAUCAGGAGUCUCAUCAGACCCCAUUCGACAUGCCAACAUUUUCAUCUGAUUCUCAUAAAUCUUUUGGUCAAACAGCUUCUCCCCCUUCCUAUGUAAAUGCUAGUUCUAAUGAGGCAAAUGUUCAUGUAGAUAUGUCUCCUAGAUCUGAAGAAAAUUUGGAAUCAUCGGAAGAUGUAUGGCUGACUGUAUCAGAGAUUCCUCUUUUCACACAACCCACGAAUGCUCCACCACCUUCAAGGCCCCCUCCCCCCAGGCCAGUACAGGUUUCAAAUUCAAGGGGAAGAUCAGGUUCCCCUGCUUACACAAAUUCAAGAAAGAUGAAUGAGUACAAUUCUUUCCCGAAUUCUGCUCGAUUCUCUCAGGGUCCCAAGUCAGCUUCUGCUGCAGCGAGUGACUCAGUUGCAUCUCCCUUUGAUGACCUUGAUGACUUUGCCAUGGGUAGGAGUCAAAAUAAUGUUGAUGAGAGAGCAAAUGGUGUUCCUAGUGAAGAAUUGGAGAUGAACUCAGUUGCCGCUGCCAUGAAGGAGGCUAUGGAUAGAGCUGAGGCUAAAUUCAGACAUGCGAGGGAAGUAAGGGAGAGAGAGAGUACAAAAGCUGCUAGAAGUAGAGAUACUGUGCAGUUUGAAAAAGAUGAGAGAACUACGCAAGAUGAGAGAGUAUUAAGAGAGAAACCAGAAAGGAUAGACCGUGAACGGUUGCAGAGAGAAAGGGCAGAGGAAGAGAGGGAACAAAAAAGACUUCAGAAGGAGAGGGAGAGAGCUAGGGAAAUUGAGAGGGAAAGGGAGGAGAAGGAGAGAGAACAGAGGAGGCUUGAGAAGGAAAGGGAGAGAGCGAGGCAAGCUGUGGAAAGGGCUACUAGGGAGGCACGUGAAAGAGCUGCUAUUGAUGCUCGCCUAAGAGCUGAAAAAGCUGCCGUUGAGAAGGCAAAUUCUGAAGCUCGAGAGCGUGCUGAAAGGGCUGCUGUCCAGAGAGCACAAGCUGAAGCCCGUGAAAGGGCAGCUGCAGAUGCAAAGGAGAGGGCUGAAAGGGCUGCAACAGAAGCAAAGGAGAGAGCUGCAGUAGCAAGGGCUGAAGCCGAAGCACGAGUAAGGGCAGAACGAGCUGCUGUAGAAAGGGCUGCAGCAGAGGCUCGAGAAAGGGCUGCAGCUGCUGCGAGGAUGAACCAACAAAAGAAUGAAAAUGAUCUUGAAUCCUUCUUUAGCAUGGGUCGAGCCAGCAGUGCGCCAAGGCCUAGGAAUAACCCUUCGGAACCAUUUGAUUCCCAAUUUCAGAACAGGCAAGAACCUGAAGUCGCGAGAAAAUCUGCAACAGUUUCCACAAACAUUAGGAAAGCAAAUUCAGCAACAAAUAUUGUUGACGACCUUUCGUCAAUUUUUGGAGCUGCUCCAUCAUCUGGGGAGUUCCAGGAUGUUGAAGGAGAAAAUGAAGACAGACGAAGAGCCAGGUUGGAACGCCACCAGAGGACCCAGGAGCGUGCGGCUAAAGCACUAGCUGAGAAGAAUGAGAGGGACCUUCAAACUCAGAGGGAUCAAGCCGAGAGACAUAGGAUUGCGGAAACACUGGAUGCUGAGAUCAAGCGUUGGGCUUCAGGGAAAGAGGGGAAUUUGCGUGCUUUGCUCUCAACUAUGCAAUAUGUACUCUGGCCUGAAUGUGGUUGGCAGCCAGUUUCUUUGACUGAUAUGAUUACAGGGCCCGCAGUUAAAAAGGCAUAUAGGAAGGCAACCUUGUGCAUCCACCCUGAUAAGGUGCAACAAAAGGGUGCCACCCUUCAACAGAAAUAUAUUGCUGAGAAGGUGUUUGACCUCCUAAAGGAAGCUUGGAACAAGUUCAAUUCUGAGGAGCUUUUUUAAAUAUCACGGUGGUUUUUCCACAUCAAAUUAAAUUCAUUGGGUAACUGCACCAUUUGUUGGGAGGUGAAACAGACAUCUGCUCUUGGACUUCUUUUCAGCGAUAGUGAAUUUUGGUUGAAGUUUAAAUGUAUCUACUGCUAAAGGAGGGCUCCUUCUAUAGCCACGGAGAUGCCUGUGUUGUAUCCCGUCUCCGAUUAUGAUACUUGAUGUUCCUUCAAGGGUUAUCAGGGCUCCAAGAUCUGAGUAUGAAGUUCAGAAUGGCCAGUUGAUGUAGAGUAGUAUUUUCUUGGCAUCAAGCCCAUGCCAAUUUCAUUAUGUUACCUCACUUCAGUGAGAAGGCCAGUCUGUUUUUUGUAAGUUCUUUUUGUACUUUUGUGAUAUAGAACAAUUCAUUUAUUAUAUGUAUACCAUCAUGUGUAUUGAUAUCAAAACAUUGACUUGCCAGUGUGCGAUUGAGUUGAGAAUUUAAUUAUGAUAAAGAUUCGAGUGUAUUGCUUUUC